CGUAUUGUUGUUUCGCCGAUAAUAAAAGAUGGCGGCCGGACCCGCGUAAAUUGGAGACCCCAUAGAGGUCAGUGUCCUGCUUUAUGUUGUCAGUAACAUACCGUGACAAAUAAACGUUGACAAAGGAGGAGCCAUGGCUUUUGAGGAGAUCAAGAGCAAAGGAGGAAUGGAUGUGGGGAUGGAAGGAGAGAGGGGCCUUGUAGCUGGCCGUAGCCAGAGAGAGAAGAGGAGGUCAUACAAGGACCUGCUGAGGGAGGAAGAGGAGAUUGCUGCUCAGGUCCGUAAGUCUUCCAAGAAACGUCCCAAGGACUCAGAACUUUUCAUGCUUCAUGGAGGGGACUCACACAAGAAGAAGAAGAAGCAUAGUGAUGACUACUAUUACAGAGACCACGAUGGCUCAGGCCCACCUCCCCACAAGAAAAAGCACAAGUCUGCAGACCGCUCCCCUCCUCUCUCGUCCCCCUCAUCCUCACACCCGACAGAUACGGCGAUGGGCCUCCUGCAGGCCAUCACCUCUCCACUGGCCACAGGGUCGGACCCCAGUCCCCACUUGCAUAAGAAACCCUCCUACCCUUCCUUCUCCUCGCACUCUUCGAAGGACCGCAAACGUGAGAGCAGCAGCGGCAGUGGAAGCAAAGGGAGCCACUCCUUCUCUCACUCCCGCCCCAUGUCUUCAUCAUCAUCUUCCUCCAAGAAGCACUCCUCCUCUUCCUCAAAGUCAUCUCUAUUCCACGGUGGCACUCCCAAAGAGGAACCCUUGACGUUACGCGAGGCUGACGGGCUGAAGAUGAAGCUCAUCAUGUCGCCAGAGAAAGAAGAGGGAGAGAGUUUCCCGUUCACGCCCCACUCAUCCAAAGGAAGUGUGAAAAAAGAGAAGGAUAGAGACCGCAUGCAGCUUUCAAAGUCGCCCAAGAAGAAGCUACAGCAGAAUCGAGAUCCACUGCCUGUAGUGGGCAAAGAGGUGGAGGUGGAAGGUCAUUAUGGAGGUGGCAUGGGAGAUGAUAGCUCUUCAUCUGGGGGUGAACUGGAGGCUGGUGAACUGGUUAUAGAUGAUUCGUACACACACAUGUCAAAAAAGAAGAAGAAGAGCAAAAAAAGCAAGAAGAAAAAGGAUAAAGAAAAAGACAGAGACAAGGAUAAAAGUGGGAAGGACAAGAAGCACAGCAAAGGAUUUGGAGACUCAUCGAGGAGCCACAGCCACUCCCAUCCCACUGUGACUCACAGCGCUGUUGGUCCAAUGUAUGCAAUGGGCACGCCCGUCCCUCCACACCACCACCAAGGCAGUGAUGGAAUGACAGAGAAGAAGAAAAAGAAGGAGGAAAAAGAUAGAGAGAAGCAUGAGAAGGAAAAAGAUAAGCCCAAGAAGAAGAACACAUCAGCUUACCAGGUCUUUUGUAAGGAGUACAGAGUCAACAUAAAUGCAGAACAGCCAGGACUUGUGUUUGGUGAACUAAGCAAAAAGUUGGCGGAAGUGUGGAAAGCAAUGCCAGAGAAAGACAAAUUAGUUUGGAGGCAGAAAGCUCAAUAUCUGCAGCACAAGCAGAAUAAAGCUGAGGCCACCACAGUCAAACACAAGACAACCAAUGAGAGCAAAAGCAAAGUUGUAGGAACGGGAACAGGGAUGGUGUCUCCGAACAGAGCGCCUGGCACUGUGUCCCUGUCCCCGGCACGAGUCCCAGAUGUGGAUCCCAUUGAUGCCGCAGCUCACCUGCAGCUACUGGGAGAGUCCCUGUCCUUGAUUGGGCAUCGGCUACAGGAAACAGAGGGGAUGGUGGCGGUGUCCGGGAGUCUGUCUGUACUGCUGGACUCCAUCUUGUGCGCGCUGGGACCACUGACCUGUCUCACAGCACAGAUACCACAGUUAAACGGAUGUCCUCGAAACGUCCUGUCAAACACAUUGGACAACAUUGCCUACAUCAUGCCUGGGCUGUGAGUGAAGGGUGAUAAUCAGUAUGAAGUCAACAUGUUUGACUGGAGUGGCCCUUUACAGGAAGUGACACUCAGACUGUAAUCGAAGGCACUGAGGGCAUCUGAAAACUUGGAUAUUUCUAGUGUCACCAUGUUUUUAAAGUAUUUUUUUAAAAACCUUGUUCUCUUAAUUUUCUAAUUGUUAUAUUUUUAAAUUAAACAUUUUACUGAACACGUUAAUCUUUCUUGGCAUGUCAGCUUAGUUUUACUGUUACUGUACAGUGCUGUAGUAUGAAUGAAUGCGCGCUUGUAUGUGCUUUACUGAAUGUAUGUGUGCAUUUGUUAGCUGUGUGUGGGUGGGUGGGCUUGACUGUUAGUGUAUGAGACUGCUGACUGUUCUAUACAAGUCUACUUAUAUGAUUUUUUUUUUACUGAAAUGUACAGGAACAUUGAAGUUGUUGUCUUUAUGUCAUCAUCACCAUAACGUAAUAUAUUUGACAUCUGCUUAGCCUUUCUUUUACAAUGUAAAAAGUGCUGUCAUGCCUUGCUGUUUUAUACAUUUGAUAUUUUGCUGUGCAUACAGCAUUUAGAUCUUGACUGUACUGUAGAAUUUCAGGUGAUUGGAGCUAUUCAAACAAAUCACUGUCAGACAUUUAGCAGAAUGGCAGCAUUAAA